AUGGUUUUCUCAGUGCUUAACUUUCGCUAUGAAAAUGAUAACAACAGUAAUGGUGGACUUAGCACCAAUCUUUCUAGUGUGGAAGACCUCACUAUUCCUACAAGGGUAGUCGAAUCACUUCGUAUUAUAGGCCAUUGUGAUGGGAUUGUUUGUCUAGCUUUAAUCGAUUAUCAUCAGAGGCUAGCUAAAUCUAGUGAAGUGUGUCUUUGGAAUCCUGCAAUUCAUCAAUUUAAAUUUCUUCCGGAGGAGCCAUUCCUUCAAGAUUGGUCCAAGGUACCGCGCAGCCGGAUGUUCAAAGAAUUUGCUUACCUGCGUCCAGUACAUCUACUUAAUGAAACCAUGGGGUUUGGCUAUGAUCCAAAGUCUAAAGAUUACAAAGUUAUUGACAUUGGAUUUUCUGAUUCCAAAUUUUAUGGUGAUCCGGAAUAUUAUGGUGGACAUGUGAUUGUUUAUCCCCCAAAAGCAGUAGUAUACACCAUGCGAACUGAUUCUUGGAGAGAGAUCAAGACUUUUUCUUUGGAAAGGGAAACUAGUUACCUUUGGCCUGAUACGUUUCAGCUAUACUUCAAGGGAAUGUGUUAUUGGUCGGGAUAUGAGCAACAAAAGGAAUUCUUCUGUGUCUACGACACUGACAAAGAAGAGGACGAACGCAUUGGGCAAUCGAUCAUUUUGUUUGAUACGAGCGAUGAGCUUGCAUUUUGUGGAUGGGCACAAAGCUACAAUGCGGGUGGGGGAUGAUUGUGGCCAUGCCAAAGGUGCUUGGACAAAACAAUUAACUUUUGAAUAGGUGGAGUACUUUCCUUACAGGUUACCACUAAAGAUAUUGGCAUUUUGGAAGAGCAACGAAAUUCUUGGGGUUGGAGAAAAUUAUAUUGUCUACUAUAACCUCAUCAACAAAAAUGUCAAUUAUCUUCUGAUUCAAAAUAUUCCAGAUUAUUUUCCACCUACUAGACACACUUUUUAUCCUUUUUGUGGUAUUGCUUAUGUGAAUAGUGUCGUUCCAAUCAUGAAUCAUGGGAGGCAUCACAUUUGAUUUGAUUAGAUUUGAAUACGAUAUAUUUGAGUUAGAACUGUAUGUUGUUGUCCCAGAAAGUAGUACCUCGGAAGGUUUAGAUGUUUUAUUUGAGUCUCCCAUUGUAUGUCUUCUAGCAAUAUACAAUGUUUCUGCUGCUACCCGAUUAUUAUUGUGGUUUUGUCAAAUUUCCCAUUUAUACUACGAAAUAUUAAUCUUGGAGUGACGUUAAGCUCUCCCAUAAGUUU